AUGGCCUCGAUGGCUAGCCCCCGCCUCCCCUUCCUGCCCGCCGCCCGAACCCACUCCACCGCCGCCGCCGCCGCUUCCUCCCCGUCACCUCGCCGCGCCCUCAAAUGCAGCAGCUCCACCAACGAUAACUCAGUCCACCUCUCCUCUACCUCGCGGCCCCGGGCGCCCGCGGCGGGCGGCGUAGGUUCCGCCGGCCUCAACGGCCUCCGCGCUCCGCCUGUGCCUGUCGCCGACUCCCCUCCGCCCGCGUACCGCGAUCCCCAAGGCCUGCAUCGGCCUCUCACGACUGCGGACCUGAUGGGGACGAACGGGGAGACGCUCAAGGUUGCCUACCAGGGAUUUCCUGGAGCGUACAGCGAGGCGGCGGCGAAGAAGGCAUAUCCCAAUUGCCAGACCGUGCCCUGCGAGCACUUCGACACUGCAUUCCAGGCUGUUGAAAACUGGAUAGUUGAUAGGGCAGUACUGCCACUCGAGAAUUCCCUGGGUGGUAGUAUACAUCGGAAUUAUGACCUUUUACUUCGGCAUGAUCUGAAAAUAGUUGGAGAGGUUCGUCUUGCAGUUCGGCAUUGCUUGUUAGCCAAUCAUGGCGUGGAUAUUGGGAACCUAAAGAGUGUCAUGAGUCAUCCCCAGGCUCUUGCGCAAUGUGAGAAUACACUGACAGAGUUAGGAAUUGAACAUAGACAAGCUGUCGAUGACACUGCUGGUGCAGCAAAGUUUGUCGCAGAAGAAAUGCUCCAAGAUACCGGUGCGGUUGCCAGUUCAUUAGCUGCUGAACUUUAUGGACUGGAUAUUCUUGCUGAAAAUAUUCAGGAUGAAAAGGUCAAUGUCACCCGUUUCAUGAUGCUUGCUCGAGAUCCUAUUAUACCACGGGUUGAUAAACCAUUCAAGACUAGCAUAGUGUUUUCACUUGAAGAAGGGCCUGGGCAGCUCUUCAAGGCCCUUGCAGUCUUUGCACUGAGAGAAAUCAACCUAACCAAGAUUGAAAGCCGUCCACACAAGAAAAGACCUUUACGUUUAGCUGAUGAUACCUUCUCCACACCUAUCAAGUACUUCGACUAUCUCUUUUAUGUUGACCUUGACGCAUCAACGGCUGAUCCAAGAACUCAGAACGCUAUUCGAAAUUUGGAGGAGUUUGCAACCUUCGUACGUGUCUUGGGGAGCUAUCCUACAGACGUGAGCGAAGCUUGAAUGGCAAGUGACUGCUGCUGAUACUAGCAGG